AUGGACGCAACGCCCGAGCAUCCUCCAGAGCAGAGAUCCGAUGCCUCCCAACCGGAGUCAACGUCCGCAUCAAGCGCCGUGUCAAAUAUCGGCGGCAGCAUCGGUGAAAUCGCCGGGUCGUCAAUCGGCGAGGUGAAGAAUAAGCUCAAUGCAGUUUACACCUCCGAUUCCGUGCAGAAUGUCUGGGAGCAGGUCCGAUCGGUUGCGACGGGCGGAAAGGCCGACAAUACUACCGACCAAGACCCGCAGGACCUGCCCGAUGCCGAGGAGAUUGAACGAAUCGAUAAUCUGGAGAAGGAAAGGAUCGUGGAGUUCCUUCAAGACCGAAAUAAAAGUCUUCGCAGGCGAAGUGCUAAAAGUCGAUAA